AUGGCGAAUAACCCUAGAGUUUUCCUCGAUAUUGCCGUCAGCUUCAAAACGGUUGGUCGGAUCGUGAUAGAGCUCUUCGCUGACACGAACCCAAUUACGGCGGAGAACUUCCGGGCUCUGUGUACCGGGGAGAAAGGCAUAGGGGAGUCUGGUUUUCCACUCCACUACAAGGGGUCUAUCAUCCACGGUAUAGUCCCAGAUGAUAGUUGGUAUGGCGGGGAUAUCACUCAGGGGAACGGAUUUGGAAGCGAAUCCAUCUACGGCAACCAAUUCCCGAAGGAGGACUGCAUCAGGAAGCACGACCGUCCAGGUAUCCUCUCUAUGCGCAACUCUGUUGGACACCCCUACAGAUCUCAGUUCAUGCUCCACAUGAAGGAGUCCCCGAACUACGACGGCCAGCGCAUCGUCUUUGGUCAAGUUGUGGAUGGAUUUGAUGUGAUCGCUCUCGUUGAGAAAAUGGUCGGAAAUGAAUUUGUGUACCCUUCCAAGCCCGUGACAAUCGCAGACUGCGGUCAGAUUCUUCUCGAGUCUGGUGGUUCUGUGUCGACAUUGGUAGAUUACUCUGCCUUUAUUUCUUCAGACUUCUCUGCCCCAGUAACUUUUCAGAACUUGCUGAAUCAGUUACGAGAUGCGCAACUGAAGAUCGCCUACAUAGAGGCCGAAAUGGCAAAGGAGACCUUUGCCUAUCAAAGUGGAUAUGUCAGAGGCAAUGCAGUGGCCGCGGUGGUCAUGGCACGAUCACUCCUUGGCACAUGA